AUGAACGUGGAUACGACAAACUUUCCUUUGAUUUUUGAGGAUUUCAAAAAAUCUCUGGAGGGAUGUGACUUUUAUGCCGUUGAUCAAGAAAUGACAGGCGUAAACUUCGAAGAUCAGCAUCGGUCACGGCUCAUGUCCUUGCCAGAACUUUACGAAGCAAGCCGGGAAGUCGUUCAGCGCUAUGUGGCUUUUCAGUUUGGGAUUGUUCUCUUUACUCUUUUGGAAGAGGGUCUCUACGAGGUGAAACCGUACAACUUCUAUUUGCUGAAAAAAAAUGGUGAUUUUGUUGUAAAUACUGAGGCAACCAGGUUUUUGGCCUCACAUGGAAUGGAUUUUCAAAAAUGGCUGGUUUCUGGAUUGCAUUACUGUAAUAAGGCAGAAGAAGAACAAGCGAUGGAGAAAAACUAUCAUGAAUGUUCCAACAUGGGGAAAAAAAUUUCUUUCUAUAUUGUGGAUAAAAUCGAAAAGUGGUGGCUCGAUCCUUCCAAGAAAGAAGAAGAAUCAAUAUCUUUUAAGAUGGUUAUGACAGAAGAAAUAAAGGCACUUGUCAUGUUGACGCUUAAGCAGCGGGAUAUACAUGUACAAAUGGAGUACGAUACCGCUUCCAAAAUAUAUCAAGCUCCAUCAGAUAUAACGGUGCGUCGAAUUGUCUGUCACAAGGUGGAUUCAAAAGAAAUAAAACCGGUUUCUCAUUGUCCUUCUAGUUCCUUGCCGUUAUUGGGCUUUAGACAACUCUGGAAAUGUAUAACAAAAUGCAAAAAGCCCCUUAUUGGUCACAAUUUUUGGUUAGACAUAAUGUUUAUGAUGCAGAUGCAUGAGGCCCCUCUUACUACCACGUACGAAGAAUACAAAACUCAGGUUCACGAGUUAUUUCCUUGCAUUUACGAUACUAAAACGCUUUCUAAAUCCAUGAGCUUUUCUACACCAAAGCGUUCAUUACAUUUGCAAGGUUUAUACAAGGAGUGUUGCAGGCUAAAUGAAAGAUGUAAGACUUCAAUUAGGUUUCAAUCUCCUCCUGGUUUCCACUUCUAUGAUGAGAGGUAUACGAAAAGUAGAGGAAAAGCACAUGAGGCGGGAUAUGAUGCAUACAUGACUGGUAUUGUUUUUGCAAUAAUUAAUGAUGUAUACAAGAAUAUUUAUGGAAUGGAAACUAGUAAGUGGGAAAAUGUUGUUUCUGUAUAUGGAAGUAACUAUUAUAUGAGCUUGAUCGGCAAGGAUUUUUUAGAGUUAAGGUCAACCUUUUUGCUGGAGUUUGAAGAGGACAUGGAUAUGCGUUUGGUACAGUCUCUUAUUUGCACGGAGGAGGACAGAGAACAGAUCAAAAACAACAAUGAGCCUAUCUCUUUCCACUUGGACGUGGUGAGUAGCAAACGUGAGGAUCAAGCUAAGACUUUUAUUAUUCGGUUUAAGGAUGGAACUGUUGACGAAAAAAUGCUGCAGACGCAAAUAGAUACAUCAAGAGAGUGUUUGACCCACUCGUUGUACACAAUGAUGAAUGAAGAAGACAUAAUAUUUCCCCGUGUUAAGAGGAUUUCUCGUUUCUCAGAGUAA